CCACCCAGCAACAAGCCAUCCUCAAGUCCCCAAGCACCCACCACCUCCCCGAGAACCCAGCCUCGAUCCUCAUCCCCAUGGCGCCCAAGGCCGAGAAGAAGCCCGCGGCCAAGAAGCCGGCGGAGGAGGAGCCAUCGACGGAGAAGGCAGAGAAGGCCCCGGCGGGGAAGAAGCCGAAGGCCGAGAAGCGGCUCCCGUCGGGCAAGUCCGCGGGCAAGGAAGGCGGCGAGAAGAAGGGAAAGAAGAAGGCGAAGAAGUCGGUGGAGACGUACAAGAUCUACAUCUUCAAGGUGCUGAAGCAGGUGCACCCGGACAUCGGCAUCUCGUCCAAGGCCAUGUCCAUCAUGAACUCCUUCAUCAACGACAUCUUCGAGAAGCUGGCGGCGGAGGCGGCCAAGCUGGCGCGGUACAACAAGAAGCCCACCAUCACGUCCCGGGAGAUCCAGACCUCCGUCCGCCUCGUCCUCCCCGGUGAGCUCGCCAAGCACGCCGUCUCCGAGGGCACCAAGGCCGUCACCAAGUUCACCAGCUCCUAGAUGGGGCCUCGUCGUCUCCCGUCUCGCUCGGGCUUCGGUUCCGUUCAGGAAGUAGUAGGGUGGUCGUGUGUUGCAGUGGCGGUAGUUGCCCCUGCGUCGAUCUCCAACUGUAGUCGUCUGAUGAUUUGUGUAAGAAGUAGUGUGGUUUGUGGUAAUGUUGCUGUUCAUCUUUGCAAUUUCUGAUUGCAAAUAUAUGAGAAAUCCAUCCUGGUAUUUGACUGAA